GAACAAAACAAACUGACACGAUGAGAUUUCAGAAACCAAAUUUAUUAAAAAAAAAAAAAAGAAAAGAAAAGAAAAAGACAGUGAAAGAAAAACACGAAAAAAGAUGUUGUGCAGUGACAGGUGCGAUUAAAUAAUGAACAAUGUUCGAUUGGUAAGUAAAGCCAACAGCUACCGAACAACGGACUCAUGGAUGAAUUAUACGACCUGACUUGAACAUUUUCUUUAACCCCAUUUAUAAUUUGUCCGUGGAUUGUGUAUACUUUGAGGGCAGCUGUUAUAAGCUUGCCAAUUUUCUUUUUAUCUCUUAUUCAUAUUAUUUGUCUGUCUAAAAACUUGAGAGAAUACUUUCGUAUCCAUUCCUGAUACAGUUGAGUGCUGGACUAAUUUUUAAAAUGUUAGUUCUCUGCCUGUUUUCAGUUCUAAACUUUACGGCAACAUAGUAGUCUUAUUACUGUAUUACCAUGUUUUGUAAAGGAAGUAAAAACAACAAACGGCCUUGUGCCUAGUAUAAAAAAAAAAUUUUCUGCAUAUUGUUAUCGAGAGUAUAGUCUGCUGUGGGCGUGGUGCAAGAUACAAAGGAAAACAAAAAAAAAAGAACCUUGGUGAUUUGUCUUUUUUUUUUUUCGUAUUUCUUUAUAGAUUUAUUCCCUCUAAGCCAGCUCAACAAUUUUGAUAACGAAGUGUUUAAUCGAAGGUUAAAGGUCUCGUCCUCAACCACGAAGGCAAUGACGAGCGAGUGAAUUUAAGAGCAGUCUAUAUGGAGUAAAUUUAUAUUAAAGAGUGGAAUGUACAAUUUCUUGUAAUUCUGAUUGCUUCAUUGUCCCAGUAGACAAAAAUGAAAAGGGCGUUGCACCGGAGGAUGGCCAGGGAGAGAAAUUAUUCAGCAGCAAGUGGUGUUUUUUUGGAAAGUUGUCCCUUGAAGCCCCAACCCUAACUGAGAAAGGAAAAGUUUUUGUUUUCGUCUAAUUGAGAUUCUGACUAAAAGAAAAAAAAUUGUGGAAAUUUCUUUUUUAUAUAUAUAUAUAUAUAUAUUUUGCCUUCUAAAUUUUGUUCUCCGUGAGGAAUGGGAGUUCGAAGGAUAGCUAUUUCAAAACUCUGCUGAUUAUUAUUUAUUCAAAUUCUUUCGGGGGUUGUUAAACAAGUACCAGCUUGAUAAUCCGCCAGUCCCUAAAUCGAAAUUUCAGGCCUUGUGCCUAGACAAGAUAAUAUUUGCACCGGUUGGACGUGGGUCGCCCUGCUUAAAAGUUUCUGUUUGUGUCUUCAAAAGUUGUUAGUUAUUUAAACUUUGUUUUAAAACAAUACUUGUGAAAGCCACCAGCAUUGCAUAAAUCUGUUUGUUUAUUUGUUUGUGCUCCUUUGCGGACUUUAAUUUGAAAAGAAGAAAUGUUUUAUUUUGAGAAAAAACAAUUCUUUCACAUCCACCUGCCAUUUCUCGGUGCCCUGGAAGACGGAAAAGAAGUGAGAGGUAACAUUAAUAGAGAGAUGCAGGCAACAUAGUCGUUUGUUGUUGUCCUGAAAGUGGGAAGUGAACUUUCACAAAAGUUCAAAUUCAAAUCGAGUAAAUUACAACAACAAACAGCAGCAGAGCGGCGGUGACACGACGACAUAGCAACACGUUCGAACUAGGAAAUUGACUUAAUGCGAACAUUGGCACCGAACUCAUCGACCAACGAAACCCAAAUCAACAUUAUUACCACCGUCAUGACCAACGUAGAGAACUGAAACAACAGCUGUUCUUAUUUCUAAACAAAAUGGGAACGAUUUCACAUAAGCGUGUUUCGUCUGGAGAAAGUUCACGCUUCAGGAAAAACGUUAAGUGAUAUCAAAGGGAGAACAAUGUUUCUGAAUCCACCAAAGGAAAUACAAGAUUAAAAAAAAAAUGUAUUUCAUCAAAGACCAGAAGACCAGAGCUUUCGAUGCAGGCCCAGAUUGAAAUAUUCCUGAGAUCAGUAUGGGAGAUGAAAACUUAUGUCAUCUAUGGGCGAUGCUUUGGCGCUGAAAUUCCCAACUGAAGAAUUGCUACUAAUUCCAACAUACCUCAGUCAGAGGAUGGUGAAAAAAUAGUAGCGGUAUCACCAGAAGCGAACAUCUUUGCUUGUGGCAGCCAUAUUAUACGGUAUUAGAGAAUAAAAUAAUGAUUCUCUAAGUGCAUAAAAUGGGAAAGGAAUUAUCAAUAGAGACCAACCAAGAACUAUUGAUGAUCUGAUCAAUGUCCCUAAUGGUGCACAGCUGUUCAUAACAGUUGAGGACAGAAAGCCGAGAUGGUACAUUUGUGGUGAGACAAACCACUUAAAGGCUUUCUGCCCUAUGCAAAGAAAAGGAAAAUCCCAGCUGCUGCCGACAUCUUCAGCAUUAAAAGCAGCAGCAACAGCAGAGAUCUAUUGAUAUACCACAUCCAAGAAAAAUCACCCAUUGCAACCAAAUGAAGCCUCACCUAGACCAGUUGACAAAUCCACAAGCUUAGAAAUGUGCAAGGGUACCUCGCUGUGAAAACUUGUCUAGCAAGGAAUUGAUCCUGGUGAAAGUGGGGGUGGGGAGAAAAGAAAAAUGAAAAAAAAUUAGAGAAGACACAGAAAACAACAAACCAUCACAUAUCCACAUGCUCUACACCAACAUAACUAGAAACAUUUCCUGCACUAGAAACACCACCAUUACAAACACCCAAGCAAAUGAAAACGCCUAGCAAUUCACACCAACAACACAAGCAGCACUCUCAAGGCGUCAUCAGCUACACAGACUUGAUAAAACACUUUCAAAACUAUACAGACAUUACUCUAAACCAGUCCAUCACAUUUUCAACACUCCUUGAAAAUUAUAAGAACACUAAUAAACUGAAAACAAAAUAUCCCAAAGGCAUGGGAGAUUUCUGUGUGGCCAUAAAUAAGACUGAACAACAAAGAAAUGCUUGUGGAGAGCCCCACAAAUGUCUAGGACAACACUUGUCUCUCAACAGAAAUAGGAUGAAACAUACCCACCAGCUGCUUCCAGUUCCAUCUGAAUUUUAUGUACAAAGGAUCCUGCAACCUUUAGAAAAUGUGAUUGACCCCAUGGCACAUUCUCUGCCAAGCUUGGAGAAACGUGUUCAAUGUGUGAGAUUACUUGCUAAAAUGGAUAACAUUACUGCAGUGUGCAGAGUAAUGGAAGCAACUUAUGGGCCACCAGCAUCUAUGAAAAAGACUUUUGCUAGGAUUAACAAGUCAUUUGAUGAAACAGGUAAUGUUGUGAACCGAAAAAGACCAGGAUGACUAAGAUCUGUUUGAACAAAUGAAAAUAAAGAACACUUGAGAACAAAAAUCCUAGUCAUCAGGACAUUUAUCAGAUCCAAACAUUUCAAGGACUUCUUUAAGAUGCUUGCUCCAUAAUACGAAUCUGUAUCCUUAAAUCCCUUGUUUGAUUCAUGGAUUAAUGGAGGAUGAUCCAGAUUGUCGCUUGCAGUUCUGCAAACUGCAAGAUGACCCAACAUUGGAAGAACAUAUUUUCUGGACUGACAUGUCAAAAUUUUACGUUUCAGGGUCUGUUGUUUGGCAUACAUGAAAUCCACAAAUCACGAAUGAGUAUGACCACAAGAGUUCUGGCAUAAUGGUGUAGGCAGGUGUGAGUUACAACAGACACAUGGGGGCCAUUGUUUAUAGAAGGUGGCGUAAAUGAGGUCUCGUAUCUGAAACUUUUACAAAACCAAGUUCUCCCUAAGUUAAAAGAACAAGAAGGCUUUAAAGAAUUAUGGUGGCAGCAGGGGGUACUCCCCAACAUUAUUCACUGGCUGUCCAUGACUGGCAGAAUGAAAUUUUCCUUGAUUGUUGGAUUGGGAAGUGAGAGCCUAUCGAGUGGUCAGCUUGCUCAUCUGAUUUAACACAACCAGGCUUUUUUUUGUGGGAUUAUCUAAAAGACCGUGACUAUCAUCAGAAGAUUAACAGUCUUGAACAUCUUAAACAAGUUAUUAUCCAAGAAUAUGAAACAAUGCUGGUAGACAUGUGUCAUAAAGCAUGUUAAGUGUUUCAAUAUGGUUUCAAACCAGUGUUGCAGCAGAAGGAGGCCCAGUUGGCCAUGAGAUGGAAAACUAAUUUAACUAAACCAUGCGUUCGUUAACUUUGUACGUGAGCAUAUUAAUAAAUAUAUCUAACAUG